GGAUGGAGCUUAGCGCAGCCCGCGCUUCCGGAUCCGGUGGUUCCGGGCUCCGCCCGCGCCGCCGCUCUCCGCCAUGCCAUGUCCGCGCUGAGCUGGAAACCCUUCGUGUACGGCGGGCUCGCCUCUAUCGUGGCCGAGUUCGGCACGUUCCCUGUGGACCUCACCAAGACGCGCCUGCAGGUGCAGGGCCAGAGCGCCGAUGCGCGGUUCCGCGAGGUCCGGUACCGGGGCAUGUUCCACGCCCUCUUCCGCAUCUGCCGGGAGGAGGGCGGCCGCGCUCUCUACUCAGGGAUCGCCCCUGCCCUGCUAAGACAGGCAUCCUACGGCACCAUAAAGAUCGGCAUCUACCAGAGCUUGAAGCGGCUCUUUGUGGAUCGCAUGGAAGGCCUGGGGCAGACAGUGGCCUGGCCUCCUCUGGGAAUUGCAGUGAUGAAACGUUGCUGAUCAAUGUCAUCUGUGGGGUGGUUUCAGGGGUGAUCUCCUCUGCGCUUGCCAACCCGACAGAUGUGCUAAAGAUCCGAAUGCAGGCUCAAGGCAGUUUAUUCCAGGGGGGCAUGAUUGGCAGCUUCAUUGACAUCUACCAGCAGGAGGGUACCCGAGGCCUCUGGAGGGGUGUUGUCCCAACAGCUCAGAGAGCUGCCAUUGUGGUCGGCGUGGAGCUGCCGGUCUACGACAUCACCAAGAAGCACUUAAUCCUGUCGGGGCUGAUGGGUGACACCAUCUUUGCCCACUUCGUUUCCAGUUUCACCUGUGGGCUGGCUGGCGCCAUCGCCUCCAACCCCGUGGACGUGGUGCGGACACGGAUGAUGAACCAGCGGGCGAUCGUGGGCAACACAGAGCUCUAUAAGGGCACCCUGGAUGGGCUGGUGAAGACAUGGAAGAGCGAGGGCUUCUUUGCACUCUACAAAGGUUUCUGGCCCAACUGGCUUCGGCUUGGUCCCUGGAACAUCAUUUUUUUUAUCACAUACGAGCAGCUGAAGCGGCUUCCAUUCUGACAGCUGGCUUCAGCCCCCUGAGUCCUCUCCAGGACGUGCAGCAGAGCUUCGCUGUAGCCUUCCUUCAUCUCACCAUCCCGUGUCUUGCUGUGUUGGUAAUUGUGGGUCUGGGCCCUCACCUCCCCAAGUGCACGGUCCCUGGAGCAUGCUCUGGCUGAGGAGUACCUGGGAGGCUGGAGGCGGGUGCUGUGUGAGUCUUUGUGUCAGGGCAAGCGUUAAGGGUGUCUGAGCGGGCUUGAGCGGUAUCUUCUGUGAAGAUCUGGGUGCUCCCGUGGCCUUUGGGUGCUGCCGUGGGGGGUGGUUUGGCUCCUGUGUGCUGCUCGGCCGUGGUGGAGACUGGGCUGGGUGGGUGCUGGCGUGUGUCCUACCUGGAACCUCAUUAAAUUAUUUAUUGACUGGUGGCUGA